GAUAGUUAAGUGUCUUCCUCUUUCUAAACUAUUGAUUUGUUCACCAAAAUGGAGUUUUAAUAAUAAUAUAUAGACGUUAAGUAGUGUUGCUUUAAAGUGUAUGAUCUUGUGAAGAGAUUACAUCCUUCUGGGGAGGAGUUUUCGAGGAGGAAGGCACUGUGCAGCUCAUAAAUAUUUCGGACUGAGAUUGCUGCUUUUGUCUCAUCUGCCUCUGAGCCCGUUGCUGAAGUGCAGCGUUCCUGCUCAUCUUUAAAAAGAAACAUGGCUGACUGGUUUGUGAAGAACAAAAUCAGAGAUGACAAAGUAACUGUUUUUAUAAAGCCAACUUGCUCUUACUGCCGUAAUAUGAUGGAGAUCCUCACACAAUUUAACAUCAGGCCAGACUGUCUGGAGUCGGUUGAUAUUACUGGGAGGGAUGACGUCCAGGAUUACCUCCAGCAAACAACAGGGCAAAGAACAGUCCCUUGCGUGUUUAUCGGGAAAAACUGCAUUGGUGGACUUUCAGAUCUGCAAAAUUUAUAUAGACAACUCCCAGGAAUGCUACGUCAAAUUCAUGCUCUACAGCAGUAAAGUGAGGAAGACGACCAUGAGCUACAACCUCCUCACUUUGACGCACAUGCUUUUUGGAACAGCUUCCUUUUAACGUCCUAAAGCAGCAGAAGCAGGUUCAGAAGAAUCUUUUUUGAAGAAUGCAAUUUCUUUUGAUUUCAUUGAUUAGUGCUUCAGUAUGCUACAUCUCUUCAUCCUUUCUGUAAUGCUGGAAAGAAGUUCAGAACGAGAUCUGACCUGGCCAAAUAAAAUAUGCUUGCACUCAG